UGGAAACACUCACUCAAAGGAUUCCAAUCUAAUCAACACUAAUAUGUCUGCCCCCACAAAAUUGCAUCAAAGAUAAUGGCAUUUGGGAGGACAUAAUACAUCCAAACUGGCACGGAUACCAAGUGCAAAAGUAAAGAAGUGGGAGAUUAUUGUUUACCACCUGAACAGCCUGGUGGUAGUAUGACUAGACCUGAGUGUUUAAGGGAAAAAUGAUAGAAGAGGAUAUCAGAUAGAUGAUGAGGACAGUGGGGACAGGGAAAGAAGUAUCAAGGAUCUCUCUGAAGUUUUGUUCUGGUAACUGGAGUUGGUAUUUAAUGGAAAGGAGAAGCUGUGAAAGGACUAGGUUUGGCACACAGAGGGUUGUGGAUAGAGAUGCUGCUCAGAAAGUUGGAUGUAGAAAUCUGUGGUGGGGGUGUCUGGGCUCAAGAGAUAAAUUUAUGAGUCAUUAGCAUAUAAUGGUAUUUAAGAUCAGAAGACUGUUUGUGACCAAUAGAAAAGUAAACAAGUUUUGAGCCCCAAAGCUGGACAACUAGAGGUCAGGUUGGCAUAAAGGAGCCAGCAAAGGACAUGGGGAAAACUUGGCUAGAGGUAAGAGGAUGGUAGAGAUUAUGGUGUCCCCAAAGUUGAGUGACAAAAAUAUUUUAAGAAGGAGAGACUGAUCAAAUGUACAAAUACUGCUGAUAGGUUGUAUAAGAUGGAUAUAAAAAUUGGCAUUUGAUUAAGCAAAUUGAAUGCCAUUGUUGUCUUUGAUAAGAGCUGUUUUCAUGGAGUGAGGAUAAAAGUGAUUUAUGUGGGUUCCAAAGGGAGCAUGAGAAGAGAAAUAUGGAACAAUAAGUAGAGGCAGCUCUUUCAAGGAGCUUUGUUUAAAGGGAAUAAGAGAAAUGAAGUUUUGAUUAGAGUGUACACAAGUAGAACAGAGAACAAAUCUAAUGCAUAGGUGUAGGGUUUGGGUAAUUGCAGAUAGGUGUGUGGAUGAGAUUGAGGUUAUAUUUAUAAAUUAUUUCUAAUUGUUUCUCUUUUCUCAGUGAAAUAGAGAACAUGGCCAUUAUCUGAAAGUUAGAAUAAGAGGGGAAGUGUUGAAAUUUGAUGGGAGGAGAGAAGGUAUGAAAAGUGAUUCUCAAAGUGUAUUCCUUGAACCAACAGCAUCAGCAUCACCUGGGAAUUUGUUAGAAAUGCAAAUAUCUGAUCCCACCUUAGACCUUUUGAAUCAGAAACUGUGAUGAGGCUCAACAAUCUGUUUUAGCAAUCCAGAAUCCUGAUGAUUCUGUUGCACAAUAAAGUUUGAGAAAAAAAAGUUUGUGAGAAUGAUGGGUUAGAGAAAUACAGUAUUCUUUCCAGUAAUUAUUAUGGAACACUUAGCCUUAUGACCAAGAUUUUAAGUGAAACCUUUCAGUAUGGUUGUGUGUUUUAGCCUGCCACUUUCAGAUAUGCAGGUGGAGGGAAAGUGUAGAUAAUCCUUAAGAACAAGUGGAAGAAAUGUGACUGUAGAUACUGAUAAAUACUAGAUCCUGGAUUUCUAUCUAAGUAGAAGCAGAGAUUGUAAAGAUGAGAUAGGAAGAAGGGAGUUGAUAAUAGCAACUAACCGAAAGUUAAAGCUGAGUAAGAAGAGAAGGGAGGUUUUGAGAGAAGUGAGUAACAGAGAAAAAAGAGAAGGAUCAAUGGACAUAGAUUUCAAAGGAUUUACAUAGGUUCCAAAGAUUUAUUGGAUUUAGUACUGGGAAGAAUGAGUUUGAAGCAUAGGUCAGUGUGUUUAAGUUGUUGAAUGUAUAAAGUUGGUAUUAUAGGUUCAUUUAUUAAUGCCAUUUUCUAUAUAAAACCAUGUGCAGUCAAAAAAUUAGAUCAGAGGGUAAGUCUAUGCUAAUGUCAAUUCAAGAGUGUUUAGUUGCCAGAGCAGCAGAGAAAUUACUUCCACCAAUUCCAUCGAUAACGACAGACUCUUCUGUGGGCCCCAAAUAUAAAGUAUAACAUGGUUCCGGUUUAUGUUAAUUUCUUCCUAAGACCUUAAUGUGAAUGUUUUAUGAGUCUCUGACGGAAAGCUUUAGGUAGAAAUACGUUUUUUUUUUUUACAUGAACACAUUAGGUAGAUAAAAUUGAAAUGUCUCAAUUGGGAAGGCAACUUAUAGAACAUGAAGUCCCUUAGCCAAGUUGCUGGUUUUGAUGUGCAUACCUCACAGUGGACGAGAGCAUAGAAUGGGGACUAAGGAGAACCUCUUUGAUGGAUGAAUGAUACAUUCAAGGAAAAGAGCACUAGAUUUGGAUUUCAUCCUGUAUCCAACACAAAAAUAGCAGCUAAGAUUUCCUGAACUCAGUGUACACCAGGAUAAAAAGUGUGAUUGAACGGAACACUGGUUUGGCCAGUCCUCAUCAUGAACCGUGCUUUUAGCAGGAAGAAAGACAAAACAUGGAUGCAUACACCUGAAGCUUUAUCAAAACAUUACAUUCCCUAUAAUGCAAAGUUUCUUGGUAGUACAGAAGUGGAGCAGCCCAAAGGAACAGAAGUCGUGAGAGAUGCUGUAAGAAAACUGAAGUUUGCAAGACAUAUCAAGAAAUCUGAAGGCCAGAAAAUUCCUAAAGUUGAGUUGCAAAUAUCAAUUUAUGGAGUAAAAAUUCUAGAACCCAAAACAAAGGAAGUCCAACACAAUUGCCAGCUUCAUAGAAUAUCAUUUUGUGCAGAUGAUAAAACAGACAAGAGGAUAUUCACUUUCAUAUGCAAAGAUUCUGAGUCAAAUAAACAUUUGUGCUAUGUAUUUGACAGUGAAAAGUGUGCUGAAGAAAUAACUUUAACAAUUGGCCAAGCAUUCGACCUGGCAUACAGGAAAUUUCUAGAAUCUGGAGGAAAAGAUGUUGAAACAAGAAAGCAGAUUGCAGGGUUGCAGAAAAGAAACUUAGUAUUCUCAUGUGACUUUGCUUCACUUCCUGAUGCUUCUCAUGGGGAUCAGAGCAGCAGAAGCAGCAGAUGCUGGAUCCAAGACUUAGAAACAGAAAAUAUGGAGCUCAAAAACAAAGUACAAGAUUUGGAAAACCAAUUAAGAACAACUCAAGUAUCAACUUCUCCAGCUGGCAGUGUGACACCUAAGUCACCCUCUACUGACAUCUUUGAUAUGAUUCCAUUUUCUCCAAUAUCUCCUCAGUCUUCGACACCUACUCGCAAUGGCACACAGCCACCUCCAGUACCUAGUAGAUCUACUGAGAUUAAACGGGAUCUGUUUGGAGCAGAACCUUUUGACCCAUUUAACUGUGGAGCAGGGGAUUUCCCUCCAGAUAUUCAAUCAAAAUUAGAUGAGAUGCAGGAGGGGUUCAAAAUGGGACUAACUCUUGAAGGCACAGUGUUUUGUCUUGACCCAUUAGACAGCAAGUGCUGAUGGCAAGAAGAAGAGCUCCUGGUUCAUGUUACAUUUGUUUUUUAUAGAUAUGUAUCAUUAUUACUUUAUGACAAGUAUUAGUUUUGAACAGCUUACCUUUUUGAAAAUAAUUUCAGUAAAAUAUCUGCAUAUGUAACAUUUUAUUUUUCAACACAACACACUGUAAAUCAUAACAUCUCGUUUUGUUGGAGAUGAAUUUAUAAUUGACAGGUUAUCCAAAUACCUGACACAUAACUGAGUUCUACAUAAUUAGCACCUUUUUAACGUGCUAAUGUUCAUUCUCUAGGAUGCUAGUAUAUUAUUGAUUUCCCCAAAGCCAUUAUCUUAAAGAUAUCUUUUAAAGUCCUAAAGAGAUAGACCAAUGAAAACUAAACACAUUCCAAUUUUCAAGCCAAUAAACAUGUUACCAUUCAUUACACAGAUGUCAUUUUGUCUAUUAUGUGCUGUUCACAUCAUUGGGAAAAUGUAAGCUUUGAAAAUAAUGCCACCAGAUCACUAAUAUUUAGCAGGUAAAAUAACAAGAAUAUAAAUUCUUAUAAUUAAGUAAACCAAAUGCAUUUAGAGUAUUUAUUAGUAAAUGUAAGAUAAUAAUGUUAGUUAUGAUUAUCAGUUAUAUUCUAUACAUUUUAUUUGUUUUUUAAAUAGAGAUUAUGGGAGAAAAGUUGCUGUAUACAAAGUACUGGAAAUAAAAUGUAAUUUCUAUGAGAUGUUACAUUAUGACAAUAUCUAAACAUCAUCUGAUUUGAUGUUUCCUAAAAUAACAUUUAGAAUAUAUGCUGUCUAUAGUUUCAAUGCCUAUUAUCUAAAUUUACUUUACAAAAUGUAUUUCUCUUCUCUAAAUAAAUACUGGUAUUUUCUCCCUUGAUAAAGAUAUUUUCUCACCAAAGCUUAUUUUGUGAUGCCUUGUUAGUUUGAUACUUAAAAGCUGUGUCAACUAUUCUAUAUGAACCAUCAAUAUUAAUUAGCAAAAUUAAUUUGUUUUGUUUUCAGAGAGUUAGAAUCUCAUUUUUCACAAAACUAAAGCUACUUCUGGGUUUAGGCUUCAACAUGGAAAAUAAAUGUUUCCUUGCAUCUCAUUUUUGAUGUAACGAUGAACCCUGACCUUUAAAAAUGUGUUCCCUAUACCUUUACACAAUAUGUAACAGAUUCUAAUUUAUACUCAUAGAAACAAAAAUUUAUGGUCAAGGUUUCUAAUAUGUUUUAUCACAUUAUAAGAAAAAUAUGUUAAAUUCAUGAAAAUGUGGGCUUAGAUUCUGGGUAUCCCUCAAAAAUAAUUUUUUUCUUUUACUCAUAGGAAUUUUCUUCAAAUACUAAAGGUACAUUUUCACUAGGAAAAUAAAUCAACUAUGCUUAUGCAAUAUUAUGUUUGUAUGUAUUUCCAUAAUGUUCUAUGGUAUAUAUUAACCUUCUUGUUUGUCUUCUGUCAUCUGCUAGAAUGUACGUUAAUUAGAGGGUGGUAUAUGUUUCAUAAAGAAGAGUCUUUAUAAUUUUGUUUGUCAUAUACUAUUUUGAAAUUUGUAUAAUGAGAAUGUUUAGAAGCCAGAUCAAUGACUUUUUUAUAACAGAUACAAUUUGUAUUUUUAUUGUACUUUAAAAAGCUUUAUGUAAUAGGUAUAUAUUUAGUGGCAUCUAUUAUCAAUGGUAAAACAAUAGAAUAUUAAGAUGAUAUUUGCACAUUUAAGAUGUGUUUCUUUACCAAUUUUUAAUGGUAAUCAUUUCUGCUACUGGCAUGAUUAAAUAAUACAUAAUUGGUUAAUAAUUAUGAACACUUACUUGACCAAUGCAUUUUUAUGAGAAUCUGAUUGAAAUUGUAUUUCUAUGU